CGACUGUGUUAUGUAUUUUCGCGGGACCGGGGCGAUGGCAGAUCGAAAAUAAUUGCAUAAAUAAUUCUUAAUUUAACAGUUACUGACUUCGCACAUCCUUAAAUUGGGUUGUUUACAAAUGUGAAGAACCAUGAAUGGUACAAGUUCAGCUGCAGAAUUAUUUCAUGGGCAGGUAAAGGUCACGGACCAAUUUGAUGGAUCACAGAAAUGGAAAUCCGGCUCUAUUUCUGUUGAAAAGAAAGACAGUUCUUACUUCCUACGAGUGCUAUAUGAUGUUGGAAACUCGAAAACAUAUGCUGUCAACCGAACUAAUUUGAUUAAGGUCUCGGUGAAACCCAGCCAUGCCAUGUUUGAUCUUCUCUCUAGCAAAGGCGGUUGUAGCAACACAGUUACAAUUAUGUUCAAACCAAGCGAGGCGGUUAAAGGGCGGAUAUCACACCUGGAUAGACUAAUGAAUGAAAUACGGAGUAACAAACAUGCAGAAGUUUCAAAAGCAGAAGUGUGCAGACGAAGCGUUCUUGAUACCUCGCAACAAAAGAAUGUUCUGAACAGCCCUGUUACACAAAAGGACAACUCUGAAAAUGCCGCCAAUAAUUUUACAAGCGUGAAGUCCGUGAAAAAAGAGGAAGAAAAAGAAAACUUAAUGAGAUCGGAGAACAUGGUGGGCAAUCAGUUCCUGCAGCGAAGUGCGGAAAAGAGCCGAGAGCCCCUUUCUCUUUCAAAGUUUUACGGGGCAAAAUCCUCUGGUCAGAUGUUCAAAACCUCCACACCUACUCGCGGAUGGCUGAGUUCAGUGAAACGUCCUGGUUUAAUGCCGGACCCAUCCCCGAACCCCAAGCGACCGAGGCUUCUGUCAGACCGGAUCACUUACAGUAUGAAACAGAAACAGACUACUGACACUAACACGACCCAGCAACAGGCUCUUCAAGGAUUUUCCAACCUCGGCAACACAUGCUACAUGAACGCCAUCCUCCAGUCGUUGUUUGGCUUGGACACAUUCUCCACGGACCUGAUCUUCAACCGAAAGCUGCUGAAAACCCUCCAGCCUCAGUCACUCUACUACUCUAUGGCAAAACUGCUACACGUGAGACGACAGCAUAAUGCCAGUGAAAUUACGAGAAAGGACAGCUUGAGGCGUGUGAAAAGUGCAAUUUCUAAUACUGCCAGACGGUUCUCGGGCUAUGGCCAGCAUGAUGCCCAUGAGUUCCUGUGCCAAGUUCUCGACCAGUUAAAAGAGGAAGUGGUAAAACUCUCAAAAGCCACACCCACUCCAAAUAAGGAAAUGGGGGGAGGUGAAGAGAACAGCCUAGAGGGCGGGGCUGGUCACAUGACCUCACAGAAUCCAAUCACAGUCAACUUUGAGUUUGAAGUUCUACACACACUCACAUGUUUACAGUGUGGAGAACAAGUCAGCAAGGCAGAACAGUUCCAUGACAUAUCCCUAGACGUCCCCAAACAAAAGGACAUUAUGACUGCCAGGUCACUACAAGAUGCACUUAGUCUGUUCUUCAGGAGCGAAGAAAUAGAUUACACGUGUGAGAAAUGUGGGCACGGCAAGUCAGAUGUCACGCAUAAAAUAACGAGACUACCAAGAGUGUUCAUCUUGCACCUUAAGAGGUAUACAUACAGCCACACGUUUGCCAAGAACACAAAAAUGGGUCAGCGAGUCUCGAUCCCGACAUACUUGACAAUGGAAGGUCAUUGUACAGAGAAAACUAUGCCGGCCUUUCCACCUAACUUACUAGAACAAGGAUUCAAUGACAACAAGCCGGACCUGGAUGAUUCCAGUAAGGAAGAAACGCCUAGUCGCAGAAAACUAGAUUACUCGGGGUACAGAUUCAAGAAUAAAUCAACGUCAACUAUAACAUCUGACAACACCAGCGAUUCUUUUAUGGAAACGAAGGAAAAGAUGGAUGAGACAGAUGGUACAAAUGUGUCUCGACCUUUGGCCAUCGAGGAAGAAGAAGAUUCGGAGUUAAAACGCGCGAUUGAGAUGUCGUUACAGGAACACCAACACCGGGAAAAGGUGAGCGAGGACUUUGGUGAUGGUGAGGAAAAUCUGGAAAAGACUGUGGAAAUGAACAGGAACAAUCAACCAGAAGAAAAGAAUCUGCUUGAGAUGACGUUUGAGGAGCAGUUAGAACUGGCAAUGCACCAAAGUCUCAUGGAAACUAAUGAUCACUAUGGUGACAACACUGAUUUUGAUGAUGUCAUCAAUCAUGGUGAUCACAUGUACACAAAAACUGAUGAUGAAAUGAAUGAAUUUGAACAUUUUGAAAAUUCAAAAGCUGACAUAUUUGAUGAAGCUCCGGAUGAGGGUAAUUUUAGAGAUAACCUCACAAACACUGUGUUUAGAAAAAGAAGUAAUACGGAUGGUUGUAUUAAGAAUAAGCCAAAUAUUUCUGAAAGGAAAACUGUGGAUGACAUUUUUACCUCCAAAGAAACACCACCACAUUUUAGUCCAUUUCCUGAUAUUGAAACUUCAGAAGAUAGCAGUUAUGAAGGUGGAGAAAAUGUGAAGGUCGAAGAAAGAGGAUCUCAGAGAAACCCUUGCCCAUCAGCAAAAUUUGAGGGGUCAUCUCACAAUUACUCUUGUUCAUCAGCAAAGAAAGAGGGGACAUCUCACACUUACACUUGCUCAUCUGGUAAGACAGAGGGUGCAGCUAGUAAUAGAUUUCAGGAAAGGUUGAAUAAGAUAACAAAGGCAGUUUACAACAGUGCUCCUGCCUUUUCAACAGAUGAGGAGAGCGAACCUAGUAGCUUAGACUUGUCUUGCACAGAAAAUCUGGAUGAUUUUGAAGACGAAAUCAGUGACAAAGUUAGAAAACAAAAUGGAAAGCAUUAUGAACUAGAUUCAGUGGGUUUGAUUGAAUCUUCUAGAGACAUCAGCUCUCGAAAGCAUUCUUCUGAAGGUGUAAAAUUAAAACUGGAACAAAAGGUUUCAAAUGGUACAAAUUCUGAAAGUCCAUUUUCAAGCAGUGGACUAAAGAGUUCUGAACGUGAAAAUAUGCUGGUUUGCAAUAAUAGCAUUGGGAAAAAAGAUUUGACAUGUCAAUGUUGGAUUUCAUCAUCUGAUUCAGAAAAAUGUGAGAAAUGUUUGAAAAGAAAGAAGUUGGAAGAAUCAUUAAUGAGUGAAAGUAAGGGACCAACGAAAUCAUCAGAACGUUCAAGUGAAAAGAUCAAACUACAAAACAUGAAGAAUUGUAGAAAAACAAGCACAAGUGAUGAUGCUAAAAUGGAUAUCCAGGAAAAUGACAUAGCUAAUGAUAUGGACAAUGUUGACAAUGAUGAAGCUGUAUCAGAGAGUGUAGGAAAAGAAUCUAAGGAUGAAGGUGUGCCACAGUCUGGUGGAAAAGAAGAAACAUCUACUGAUGGACAGAGGCGAACAGAGUUGAAAGAAAAAUGUGUGUCAGCGAAGAAAUCGGGACCAACCCUGGCGGAUAAGGAAAAGGCAAUUUCUGAGGAGGAAAAGUCUUUCAUGGAUGAAGAUGAUUCGUGGCUGUCCCUUGUUGAUGACAAGGAAAACAAAAAGCCAGAGAAGGACAGCCCUCGUUUGUCUGACCCUGCAGAGUUCGAGGAGAACAUGGCCGACAGACGGAUGGAUGAAGUGGAUGGGGUCAAUGAUACCAGCUUUAACUUUCCGGAGGUCAAUAAUGAAAAGGGAGACCUACCCUACUCCUACCGUCUAGUCAGUGUAGUCAACCAUAUGGGCAUUUCUUCCACUACAGGUCACUACAUCAGCGAUGUAUACGACAUGAAGAAGAGAUCUUGGCACAGUUACGAUGAUUCUCAUGUCACAAAUAUUCUUGAGUCAAAUGUCAAAUCACAACGGGAAAGGAGCGGAUACAUCUUUUUCUACAUGAGCAAGGAUAUUGUGGAUGAUCUGAACCUACAAUACUCGUUGAGCUCCACCAGCAAAAAGUGAACAGACUUUGCAAAUAAUUCAGCCGAAAACCACCAAAACAUUAUACGGAUCGUUAAAAGCUGUGAAGUCCACCAUAUGUGUAUGAAAUUGGUGAAACAAAAUUGAAAGAAUAAUUUUGAAUUUUGCAAAAGACCCAGAAUUAUUGUCAUUUGCUCAUUUCAUUAAUGCAAAAUUGAAAGGCUGUUGAAAGAUAUUUUUUAGGAAAAAAAACAUCAAACAUUGUAGGGUUUGUUAUUGGUUCCAGUUACUAUUCAUGAAUGAUUUGCAGACGGCAUUUUUUAAUCUAAUAUAGCUCCUCUUCUGCAUCACUUGCAACGUCGAAGUUGGAUAACUACAACCCCUAUCUUAUGAACAAAUGCAUCGUAUGAUGACUUUUUUUAUCAUAUUUCUCUGACAGUGAUAGUAAUAAAUAUUUCCUGAGGAAUAGUUUGAUUUAAUAGUUAAGACAGGGAUGGGAUUAGUUUGCGGAUUUCUGCAGAUCUAAUGGUUCAAGGGAUGAAAAAAAAUGGUUUAAAAUUAGUCUUUUAUAUAUUUAUUUUCUUAAACUGAUUAAAGAAAGUUUACUGGAGGCUUGUGCUUGCUUUUUUAUUUGUUAAUAGUAUUAACACUCCGGUUUGUUUCAAAUAAGAAAUCAGGAGAGCCCUCAAAAGGGCUUCUAAAAAGCCGGCUGAAAAUCUUGACAACAAUACUUGCCAUACACUUGUUGUUAAGAUUACCUCUAUGUGUUUUGGCUUUAAAUAAUGGAUACAUUUUGUUAGUAUGUGGAACAUAGUCACAUUGCCAUUUAUUUUAAGUAAGAUCUAAUAAAUUAAUUAUUGUGGUCUACAUAAUAUUGCUUAAAUACCCACUUACUGGGGCAGCCAUUCUUUACAUCUACUGCUUCACCUGAUUAAAAUCAAUAACAACUGACUGCCGACAUACUGAAUUAAAUAUUAGUAUUGGAAAACUUGAGAAAUACUGCCUUCUCAUUGGACAAAAUAUAAUGUUAACCACUUAAAAUUGUUAAAAUCUUCUGGGAGUUUUCAAUUUGCCGCUUCAAAUACUUUGCAUGCAUAAACAAGAUGAUGAUAAUAUUCAAUUACAAAUCAUUGUAUGAUUUUUAAGACAUUUCCAUUCACAUGAAUAAUUCAUAAAACAUAUUAUUAUGCUUGAUUUUGAUGUUUAUAUUAUUAUAACAUAAUGUGGAAUUACAUGAAAUUUGGUAUUUAUAUAAUCAUGGGGUAUAAAAGAUGUAUAUAUAUUUGACAUAUUUGAAAUUGUACAUUUUUUUAUUGAAACUAGCCUAAGUUGUUAUUUUACAGUUAAUUUUUUAUUUCGCUUGGAUUUUUUUAAAGCAAGAAACACAAGGAGUUGCCCUAGUCGUGGUGUGUCUGCAUUCGCGAAAUAAUUCAAGACUUAUUCUUAGCUGAAAUUAAUUUAUUCAAGAAAUUUGCAUGAAACUUUGUACACAUGUUAUCAUUGACAUUAUGCACAUGUAAAAAAGGCGCAUAAGCCAGGCUUUAAUAAUUAUGAAUAAUUCCCCUUGUUGCCAAAUUCAACAAUACUUUAAUUAAUUCACUCAAGAAAUCUGCAUGAAACAUUGUACACAUGUUUCCACUGACAAUAUGAACAGAACUUAUGUACCUAUUCUUACUUUGGUGUUGAUAAUUGUUUGGUUAUGCCCCUUUAUAAAUAAAAAAACAAACUUGGCCAUAAAUCACUAACAUUGAAGGUAUUCACAUGAAACUUUGUACACAUGUUUCCUGGUGACAAUAUGCACAUGUGUAGAAAGUCCCAUAACUCUGACUUUAAUAAGUCUUGACUUAUUCCCCCUUGUUUGCCUGGUGGAAUACAAGACGAGUGUUCACGUUCUGUGGUGCUUUAGUUUAAGAUGGUCGCUGUCUUUGUCCUGUUUUCAGUACCCCGAUAAUAUGAAUUGUUCCUUAGAUAAAAAUAAGGGCCUUUAUUAAUUUCAAGUCAGGUGAUGUCCUUUUCCUAAUAUUACUGUUAACAUGAUAUAAGAUUGAAGAUUCAAAAUUUUUAUUAAAUUAACUUAAACAUAUAUAUGCUUCCCGUUACAUGAUAUUAUGAGUUAAACAUAUAAUCAGUUGGUAAUAUCAUAGACUUUAUUUCCAUGAGCUUUAAUUAAAAUUCAUACUUGUAUGUAAUGAAAAAAAAACACUAUGAAAUGUUUAGGAAAAUGACUUGAGUAACAGCAUGGCAUAGAUGUUUUAUGAAUACUAGCCCAGCUGUUUAAAACAAUACCUAUGGACACUGUACAUGAAUGUACAUGUAGAUUGAUUGAUACUGUUAUAUGAAAUAGAUGUAUGAAAUUUUCUAUUGCACCAUUUGUUAAGAUAUACAUGUUACGAAGUCUGUUUGUUGUGUAUUGUUAGUUGCAACCAAUAAGUAUGUUGUGUAUUGUUAGUUGCAACCAAUAAGUCUGUUGUGUAUUGUUAGUUGCAUCCAAUGGUUUAAAGGCAUAUUAAUCAUGAAAUAGUCUGUUAAAGGUGUAUUGUUAGUCGAAACCAUUGGUUAAAGAUUCACUCUCACAGAUUGAACGUUUUGACAACUUUUUUUCAUUUUUUGUCUUGGAACGAGCAAAUUUAUGCAGAAAUGCAUGUGAACCAGUCACAUAAUACUGCUGACAAAAAAUUAGAUCGCAGAUUUUUAUUAAGUUCAAAAAUUGAUGUUUUAUGCAUUUUUCCUAAACCCUUAGUAAUGCUUUAAGCCAUAAAACAUUAAUUUUUAAACGGAAACAUGAAAAUCUGCGAUUUGAUCUUUUGUCACCAUUUUUUUAUCACUGGUUUGCAGAUAUUGACGCAAAUAUGUGCCCUUUCCAAUACACAAAAUAAAAAAGUUGUAAAAACUGUUUAUCUGUGAAUGUGCAGCUUUAAGAUAUACAUGUAAUUGAGUCUGUUUAUUGUAAAUAAAAUCUGUUAAUUUGUGUAUUGUUAGUUGUAAUCCUACGCAUAUAGAUGUUAGCUUUUUAUUUAUAAUUUAAUGCAAGAUACUGUUGAGUCAAUAAAUUUUUAUCUUU